AUGGUUUCGAUGUUAACUGGAGAAUUUGGUUUUGAAAAUUUAUUUUAUACAGAAGGAAAAUCUGUACGUGGCACAACAAUGGCAAAAAUUAUUUUUACAACUUUUGUUUUCGUUGUACAUAUUUGUGUUAUGAAUAUUUUGAUUGGUUUAGCCGUUAGUGAUGUAAACGAUUUUCAAAUAAAUGCUAAACGAGAAAAUUUACGUUCAAGAAUUCGAACAGUAUUGAAUUUUCAAGCAAAAUUUGAUACAAUUUGUGAUGCAUCAUCAAAAUUAAUAUUUGCUCUUGCGCGUUAUUUUUCUCAAUUAAUAAUUAAUGCAAAAUUUGAUGUAUCAAAACUAUCAAUACAUAUGAAACCAAUUCAAAUAUCAAAUCAUGCAACAAAUCAUAUUCAUUGUCGUGUUGGAUAUGUAACAAUGAAAAACCCAAAUGAAACUCUAUCUAAUAUUACUCGAAAAAAAGAAAAUAUGCAAGAAAUUCAUAAUGAAAAAUUAAUGCAUAAAGUUAAUCAAAUUCGUGAAGAAAUUGAUAAAACACAAUUAAGAUUCACACAAGAACUUUAUCGAUUAACAUUAAAUCUAUCAAAACUGUUUGAAAAAUAA